CCACCACCCAUGCCCCUCCCUCCUGUGGUCACCGUGCAUAGGGAAUAGCUUCUUUCUUCUACUGCACUUUAAUACAACCACCAUGGCGUCUUCGCGCCCCAUCGUCCUUCGAUUUGAGAGCCGAAACGGUCAGUUUCGCUUGACCGUCAGCCCGCAGGAGCUCUUCCCUUCUCUCCAGCAAAAGGUGCAGUCAAUAUUUCCGAUAUAAAUCGGGAUCACGGGGGAGAUCUUGCCAGUGGAUAUUCCGCUGACCUCUCUGGCGUUAUUAGAUCUUGGACCAUCUACCGAAAACCGUCGACCCGUCUUCCAUCGUUCUAUCCAACAGACCCAUAGGUACUGGAGGGCAGGAGAGACAGUUACAGACGUUGGCAGGUGUUACGAUCCAAAGUGUUGGUCUGAGUCAUGGAGACAAGUUGUUCGUGGGCUACAACGAGCAAACUGCGGCUUUGAAUGGCCAUGCCCCCACCCCAGCUCAGGGAUCAUCGCGCCGUCUUAAUGGGACUGCCGUUUCGGACACCAUCGCAAUCCGCCCGCCGUCCGUCUUACCGCAAGGAACGAUCAAGAAUCCCUGGGAAGUUGUUCGGCAGUCUCCCCUUGAUGAUCGAUUAGACAGGAAAGAUGGCAAGAUACCACGCCCUCGAGAUUCGAAGAUGUGCACGCAUGGUCCCAAAGGCAUGUGUGAUUACUGCAUGCCCCUUGAACCGUACGACCCCAAAUACCUGGAAGAAAAGAAGAUCAAGCACCUGUCGUUCCAUUCGUACAUGCGGAAGAUCAACGCAGCAACCAACAAGGCCGAACUCGGAAGCUCAUAUAUGCCACCGCUCAGCGAGCCAUACUACCGGGUAAAACCGAACUGUCCAUCAGGACACUCUCCCUGGCCCGAAGGGAUCUGCACCAAGUGCCAGCCCAGUGCGAUCAGUCUACAGCCUCAGGAGUUUCGCAUGGUCGACCAUGUCGAGUUCGCGACACCUAGUCUCAUCAACUCGUUGCUUGACUCUUGGCGGAAAUCCGGUGCUCAGCGUCUUGGUUUUCUGUACGGCACAUAUGAGGAAUACCCGGAGGUACCCCUUGGAAUCAAGGCCGUGGUCCAGGCCAUCUACGAACCGCCGCAAGUGGAUGAGGUUGAUGGCAUAACACUUCGUGAUUGGGAGAAUGAGAAGGAUGUUGAUGAAGUUGCCCGUCUAUGUGGCCUGGAGAAAGUCGGUGUGAUCUUCACUGAUCUGCUGGACGCCGGUCGUGGAGAUGGAUCGGUUAUCUGCAAACGUCACAUCGACUCUUAUUUCCUUUCAUCUUUGGAAAUCGUCUUUGCAUCGCGACUGCAAGGCAAACAUCCAAAGCCGUCGAAGUGGAGCGACACCGGACGUUUCGGGUCCAAUUUCGUGACCUGUGUUCUCAGUGGGGAUGAGGAAGGGGCCAUUACCGUCAGCGCCUACCAAGCCUCGCUGUCCGCAGUGGAAAUGGUGAGGGCAGACAUUGUUGAGCCCUCCGCAGAGCCAUCGGUGAUGCUCGUCCAGUCGGAAGAUGAUGACGACGCUGAGAACAAAGUGCGAUACAUCCCCGAUGUUUUUUACCGCAAGAUAAACGAAUAUGGUGUCAGUGUCCAGGAGAACGGGAAGCCCAGUUUCCCUGUCGAGUAUCUUUUAGUCACCUUAACCCAUGGUUUCCCAACAGAGUCUGCGCCGAUUUUUGUUGACAGCACGUUCCCCAUCGAGAACCGGGAGAUGAUCGGUGAGAGCCAGGAACUGCGUCAUGUUUCUCGGAAGCUCGUUUCCCACGGGGAUCCCGACAAAGCCAUCCGUGGAGUGUCUGAUUUCCAUCUUCUAUGCUUCUUGCAUUCGUUAUCCACCUUCAGCAAGGACGAAGAGGCACUCCUUUGCCGCGUUGCAACGUCUCGUAAACCAGCCGAUGGUCUGCAGUUGAUGAACACACCUGGGUGGGCGACAUUGGUUACUAUACUUCAGGAGAGUGGUGAGCGCCCCCCCAAGCGCCCCUUCGAACAAUAUCGCACAUUUAUUCCUCCAUCCCAGACGCAGCGUAAUUUUCUAUCUUCCUCAUCAUCAACACCUGAACCUCUGAACUUCGAGGGUGAACAACUUGCUAAGAGGUUUAAGGGAGCUAGCUUAGAGUGACGAUCGAAUACAACUGCAUUUCCGAAACUACGUCUAGCUAUCUUGCCUUACGGGCUGAUUCUACCUAUCGUCGUUUUUAAUGCGUCCUGAACCACGAGCAGAAUCGUUGUGUUCAUUCAUGCUGCAUCUAUAUUCGAGAUCGUCGCCAUCUUGAUGAUCGGUUGUCCAUUCCCGCCCACCAUUUGCAUCUUAGUACGGUUAAUUAUCUUAUCUAUCGUUGCUGGAACGAGCCCGAUUCGCAAAAUGGGGAGGAGGGCGCAUAAUGCGAAUGAUGAGUUGAAAUAUCACCUAGACGAGUGGUGUCUCAGAGUUUGUGCAACGACCAAGGAAUGUAUUUAGUUAGGCACUUCGACUGGAACUCCUCAGUGCUCGGUACAAUGCCAUCUUGAUGAACCGGAUGAGAACGGUUGUAU